AUGAAGAGAACAUUGCCGUGGAGUGAUGAUGAUGAGGGUGAUGACUCAUCUAAUGAUUCUGAAGGUGAUAAUGAAACUGGAGGAAAAGAAUCCAUAGGUAAAUCUACGAAGAAGAAUGCUCCGAUUGACUUUGAAGCUCUCAAGCGAUACGGGUAUAAAGGUGGGCCUUCGGUCUUAAAGGUACCUCCACCCAAAGAAGGUGACACAAAGCAAGAUUGGUCUUGGUCCAGUGGAAAAGAAAAGCGUGUCGAGAAGGAGGUUGAAGAAACAUAUGAAGAACGGAAGAAAACAAGAGAGGCUCUUUCCAUAGGAGAGCAGCUGCCAACUGUUCUGACUAGGAAUGAAAAGAAGAAUCUUUCCUUUUCUCAGAAGGAAAAGAGGAAAAGGGAACUUGGUCAAGCUAGCAGAGGGAAAAAUUAUGUUGAAGAAGAAAAAAGGCAGUUGAGGGAGAAUGGAGUCUAUUCAGGUUUUGAUGCUUGA